ACUUACUGUGAAGCAUCACCAACUGCGCUUUAAAGCAGUGGAUCAACAAACGGCGUUAAGGCUGGAGCUACACGGAUAGCAACGGGGAAUCCCGUUAAAACAUCUCAAACAUCUAUCGUCCAGACGUCGCCGGGAGCAUUUCUGCGGUCUCUCUGAAAUUGUGAUUUCGGAGCAGUUGCAGUUUUUGCCACCCACAGCGUAACGAAGCCGGAGAGUUCGGAAAAAAUGGUCCACAACAAAAUCACGGAAAUGACGGGAUUUCACCGUUCCUUUAAGGGUCAAAACCCCUUCGAGUCGGAUGAAUUCACAAAAACGGGGUCACACCUCCUUGAGUCAGCCUUCAAUUUUGACUGCCCCACCAGACCUGAUAUGCCCUCCAGCCAGCCUAUCGACAUCCCCGACGCCAGAAAGAGGAACAAGAAGAAGAAGAGAUGCAGGGCGACUGACAGCUUCUCUGGACGGUUUGAAGAUGUGUACAGGCUACAGGAGGAGGUUUUGGGGGAGGGGGCCUAUGCCAGAGUCCAGACCUGCAUUAACCUGAUCACCAACAAAGAGUACGCAGUGAAGAUCAUCGAGAAGAGACCCGGACACAGUCGCAGCCGUGUAUUCAGAGAGGUGGAGAUGCUGUACCAGUGCCAGGGUCACAGGAACAUUCUGGAGCUUGUCGAGUUCUUCGAGGAGGAAGAUAAGUUUUACUUGGUGUUUGAGAAGCUGAGGGGAGGCUCCGUUUUGACUCACAUCCAUAAGAGGAGGCACUUCAGUGAGCAGGAGGCCAGCAUUGUGGUGCAGGACAUCGCCAGCGCUCUCGACUUCCUGCACACUAAGGGAAUGGCGCACAGAGACCUGAAGCCAGAGAACAUCCUGUGUGAGCACGAGGACAGGAUCUCUCCUGUGAAGAUCUGUGAUUUCGACCUGGGCAGCGGGAUCAAGCUGAACAGUGACAGCUCUCCCAUCUCCACCCCAGAGCUGCUGACCCCAUGUGGCUCGGCGGAGUACAUGGCGCCGGAGGUGGUGGAGGCGUUUAGCGAGGAGGCUAGCAUCUACGACAAGCGCUGCGACCUGUGGAGUCUGGGGGUGAUCCUGUACAUCAUGCUGAGCGGCUACCCCCCCUUCGUGGGCCGCUGUGGGGGGAAUUGCGGCUGGGAGUGGGGCGAGCCCUGCGCCGGCUGCCAGAACAUGCUGUUCGAGAGCAUCCAGGAGGGGAAGUACGAGUUUCCGGAGAAGGACUGGGCCCACAUCUCUGCCUCUGCCAAAGACCUCAUCUCCCGGCUGCUGGUGCGGGACGCCAAGAACCGGCUGAGUGCAGCACAGGUGCUGCAGCACCCGUGGGUCCAGGGGUGUGCUCCCAACACCCUGCCAACAUCCAACCUGCUUCAGAGGAACAGCAGUGCCAGGGACCUGACGGACUUCGCAGGGAAGGCGGUGGCGGUGAAGCGGCAGCUGGCCGAGCGAGAGGAGAGCGAGAAGGAGGCGGAGCAGCAGCAGGCUGCGCUGGUCGUCACGGCGAGCUCCUGCUCCAUGCGCCUGUCCCCGCCCUCCACCUCCAAGCUGGCCCAGCGCAGGCAGAGGAGCAGCGUCCUGAAGGGGGCGCCGGUCUCCGCCUCGCAGCUGCACCAGCUCCUCGCACCCCUGGUCAUCGUCGGGGACUGCGCCUGAGCCCCGCCCUCUCCGCCUGCGGACAGCUCAGCCUGGAUCUCGAAGCUACGCUCUCAGCGGCAGCCAAUCAACCACACGGAACACUGACAAACACUGGCCCAGGCGGGGGAGGGGUUAACAAGUGCAUUUUUUUUUUUUUUUGACAACAGAAACAGAAUUAAAGCGAGCUCAGUCACCAAAGGACUAACUGUUGUGCUGCUUCCAUGUGUUGUAACUGGAUCCACUGUGAAUUUCACACUGAGAGAAAAAAUCUGUUUUGCAAAGCAUCAGGAAUGUUGUCAUGUUUGUAUGUUGGCGUGUGGACUCCCUCUGCAUGGACACCUCUCUUAUGCAGCGGCUGGGAUGCAGGAGCUCCGCUUGCCUUGGUCAGCAGGGACUGUGGCUGCCGCUACCCUCUGAUCGCCGUGGCGCUGGGUUGCUGGGACCCCCUGCGCUCCUGAAGGUCAUUAACUCCCAUCACGUCUUCCCCACUGGGCAGAUUCACUGCUCAGAGAGUGACCCCCCCCCCCCCCCCACCCCCCUGCUGCCUGUGUCCCGAUGAGCUGCUGACCAGCUGCCAGCUGCUGCCAUCGCAGGGGGAAUGUGCCGGAACGUGCUGGAACUUCCCAGCAGCUGAGCGCCGCGGGCGCAGCCUCAGUGUCGGGUCUCGGGAUCCUCACGGCGGGAGGAGACUCCCUCCCCGCCCCACCUCCUGCCCUUCCUGUCUGUUUGGCUGCAGUGGAGUCACCCGAACCCCGGACACCUGCAGGGCUGUCGCACUGAGCCGGCAGAGCCACGCAGCUCACUGGAGCCUCUUCUGUUUUCAUUUGACUCAGCUACACCUUGUUUGGUAAAUAUUCAGGGUAAUUGGAAAUGGAACAGAAGCCAAUCUCAGGCUGUUGUACAAAGAGCUGCUGUAUCAUCCUGUAUCACCUAUGCAGCCCAUGAAUGCAUGAGGGCUUAGAGGCGUGGCCAUGCUUCUCCAUAGCGCACAAAGACUAGUGAUGAUUGGCUGGGUGUGUGAAACCUGACUUCACUCGCGGAGUGGCUUCAGUUGGUGUGAAAGUGAACGUCAAAAUCCUGUGUUUGGUCUCAUCUCUGUUUAUGUGAAAGGUUCUGACCUCAGUAGGCACAUAGACUGGUUGGUGUUAAAAAAAAGAAAACAUGACUACUUCAGGGAACAGCUUCUUUAAAAAAAACUGAAGGAGUAUUUCACAGACCCUGAUUGGCUGUAAUCCAGGACAAAUCACAUUUUGACAGUCAUGGGCCAAUAAUUGUUGGUAGAUGGUGGCUCAUUUUGGCACAAAAUGGCCAGUCCUUAAAGCCCUGCAGUCUCCAGAAGCCUGCAAAAAUAAGACCCAAUAAUAAUCGAGGAAAAAUUUAAAAUGGUAUGAGAGAUAUUGGGUGUUAUAUUUAAAGAGAAAACAGCAUUCCAGAAGGAAAAUAAACCUCUAUGGAAGUGUAGCUGUCGGAAUACAGAAGUUUUUAAAAAAUGUUUACUUUUAUUUUUGUCUAUGGUUAACUCCAAGUCAAAUUCAAUGUGCCACACUGCUGUUUCUAUGGUUUGUUACUAAGCUUUUAUUUUGGACUGUUGUAAUUGUUCGGGUGGAAGACCGGAUGUUUUUUCCUUUUUUAAAAAAGUUGUUUUAAAAGGUUCAUGUUGAUGAACUGUGUUUAUAUGGCUGGAGAGACUGAGUGCGAAAGUAAGUGAAGGACAGCAGAGGAAGAAAAGAUAAAAAACAUGGCAGACUAUUUUUGGUUUUCCAGUUGUUCUUGUGUAUAGAUUUGGGCCGUUAACUCUGAGCAGAAGCUUAUUUCCUCUACAUCUGGCUUCAGGCAGUUUCUGCAUGGUACCUGCUGAGGAAGGCUGAGUUUUGGGAGAUGAGGCUGUAGGGGGGGGCACCCCAAAAGCCCGUGUGAUUCAUGCUAAUGUUCUCUGUGAAGUCUCGGUCACCCCAGUACUCUAAAGUGGGGUAGCCAGCAUUUCAGCGCGGUGCUCAGACACACAGCCGUGUCAGAGGUUUCCUGUGAAAACGAGCUGUGACGAUAAGAGGAUGCUGAUUGUUAUUUUUUGUAAUAUUUCUACAAGUGCAUUUCUGUGGGUCAUUUAUGUCUUAUAGUAAGACUUUUUAAUAUAUGAGCAGUUGUUUCCUCAUGUUUUGUUUUGGAAACUACCUUGUGCAAAAGAAAAUCCAAACUACCCUAAAAUUAGACAAAGCACAAACUGGUUUAAGUGGUCUUUGCUCUCAAAAAGACUAAUGUUUUCUUUAGUUAUGAAUGACAUAUUGUAAACCUGCCCAACCCACACAAGCAGCUCUCCUCAGAGGGGGGGCUGGCUGUAGGUCAGCUACCACAAACCUGCUUUUUCUUUUUUUGGUCCAGUACAUUUGCUUGGGGGGGGCUGGAGGAGACAGUGUAAACCACCAGACUGUAUUUUCUCAUGUAAAUUAAGCAGGUAAAGCAAAUGUUCAGUGAAGUCAUGGAGGUCAGCUCUCCAUCAAAGCUCACACUGCAGUUCCUCUGCCCUGGUGAAAAGCAUCAGGACAGCUACUCUCUGCAGACGUGUUUCUACCUUAAGUGGUUUGUUUGGAAGGGGACACAGGUGUGUGUGUGUUUCUCACUCUGACUCCUGCCCUUCUCUUGGGUGUAAAAUGCCCUUUUGUAUUAAUCUCUGUUGCUGUAUCCCCACUACCUCUACACCCCCAGUUUCCAAAGGCAUGUGCAGGGCAGAAGUUGGAAAAGGAAAUGCAAUUUUCAAUGCCCAACUUGCAGUUAUUCAAAAAGCACUUUAACUCUACCGUGUGACUGAUGGCAGGUCACUCCAAGCAAAAUUUAAGACCGCUGUUGCCAGGAUUUUGUAUGGUAUUUUUCUGAGACUUAAAAUAAAAUGGCAUUGAACCAGAA